UUCAUUGUAAUCCAACGGAAAAAAUAUUAUUCAGUUAGAGUUACAAGGCUUACUUCCCAAAACGCCCCUCAAAGUCCCACCCAAGUCACUUCUCCAAGUCUCUAUCUGACGCCAAUACACGGAAAGCAGCUCUUUCGCCCAUUCUUACACACAUCUAUUGGGUCGCAAUUGAGAGCUUCGAAUCAUUCGCCUUGCUUUCCUGCAAUCUUGACAACCCCAAAUGUAGCACAAGCUAUCAUCAAUCUCUUUCAAUCAAGUACUUACUCCCCUUCCUUUAUUCUUUUCGCUAUUGAAUUCUAAUUAAUUGUCGGUCGAGCAUCAUAUUAUGCUUUGAAAAUUCUUCCUGAUAGUGUCUGAGACUACUGUAUGCGGUAUAAUCGUUCUCGAAAUUGAAAUGACGAAAGAGAAGGGGAUGCAGAGAAAUUUUACAUUGUGGAUUAUUAAUGAAAUACGCUUAGUCAUGUUAUAUAUAUAUUUUUAUUAAGAUUUAAUUGUCAACAUGGAUGUUUUGUGUCAAUGCUUCAUAGUUUGCGAGUUAGCACUUUGGAAAAUUGACAGUAGUGAUAAAGCGAAGAGCCAUGUGAAUGGAAACAGGUUAAGCUCUCUCUCUCUCUCUCUCUCUCUCUUGGCGGUAGCACAGUUCUGCAAGGUCAUAAGUGCUCUUUUCUGGAAGAUAAGAGAGAUGAGGAAACUAAGAUGGGCUAUGGAUGGAGCAGGGUUUUGGGAUUUGGACGUCUCUACCCCCAAAACCCUUGAUGGUUUGGCUUCUCCAGUUCCUGGAGACCCAAUUCCGUUGGGUAUAUCCAGAGGGACAAGGCUUUCAAGACCCAAUCAAAUUGAUUUCAUGCAACGCUUCAUGCAUGCACCUCUUAUUCCGAGCUAUACUAAACCUCAAGGCUUAUGUCUCCAGCGCGUGCUUACCAUCCCUUUUUCUGAUCGCUGGUUUGUAACUUUUCUUGGGCAGUUCAAUUUGCAGAGAUUUAUCACCUCUGUUAAAAGCAGUGGAGAACCACAUGGGUCUGUAUCCUCAUGGUUAAAAUCCCUUCAGAAGCACCUACAGCAGAAAUCCUUAUAUGCCCUAAAUUUCUGUUCAGAUUUCCUAUUAACACCUGAUGACACUUUGCUUGUUGGUUUAGAUGCCUAUGGUUAUACCAAUAAACGAAGAAUUAAGGCAGUUCUUCAUCACAAGUUUGCAGAUCAUGAUCUAAUGGUAGAGGCAGUUUUGCCUGGUCUUUUUGUUGAUAAGACAGGUAAUUACUGGGAUGUACCCUUUUCAAUGGCAAUUGAUCUUGCUUCUUUAGCUACCAGUGACUCUGUUGCAAGUUAUCAUUUAUCUUUGCACCAUAAUAAGGGGACACCUGAGCAGUUUGAAAGUAAUCAAAAUCAAAGUACUGGAGUGCCUCCUACUCUACUUCCAGGAUUGGCCAUCAAAAGUGCCUUUUCUUACAAGAAGAACAUUGACAUAUGGAGAAGCACUGCUCGAAAGUUGAAAUUGGUGCAGCCAUAUGACCUUUUUCUUUCAAAUCCUCAUGUAUCUGCUACAGGAAUGAUUGGUAUGGCUGUGACCACCUCUCUGGGAGAGAAUUCAGUAAGAGCGCUAGUGGAAGAUGAUAGACUAUGUUCCAAAGGAUUUUAUCUCGAGGCUUAUGGAAUAAAGUCCUCCUGUUUGGCAGAUAUAUUUGCAUCCGUUUCGUUUACAGCUCAAUAUGGAAACUUUCAAAGGCUUUUCCUAGACCUUUCCAGAUUUCAGGCCCGCUUGGAUGUUCCUUCUGGCUUGAAAUUUCUUUCAGGUGCAACAAGUGUUACACAAGAUCUCCUCAAUUCUCAGAAGCCCAGCUUGGAAGCCGUUCAGGCAAUUUGUCCUGAUGCUGUCUUUUCUGUUCAGCAGCAGAUUGUUGGUCCUCUCAGUUUCAGAGUUGAUUCAGGAGUUACAGUUGAUCUGAAGAACACAAAGUGUCCUAUACAAGCACAAGAACCCAUAUUUGCUUUUGAAUAUGCAUUGCGCGUCCUUGGUUCUGCAAAAGCAGUUGCUUGGUAUUCCCCUCAACGCCAAGAGUUUAUGGCAGAACUUCGUUUCUUUGAGACAUAAGCCAUAGGCAUUCUUUGAAGCUAUAAAUUUGUAUGUUCCUCCAUUUUAAAAAAUGGUUUGGUACUUUAAGUGAUCUAUUCAAUCGUCUUAUUAAUAUUGUUA